AUGUCUAAAAAAGAUAAUAAUAAAAAUAUUGAUGAAUUCAAAGGGAUGCAUUUUGUUAGUGACUAUACGCUUAGCACUAGCGGUUACAUCGGCAAUGCAAUAGUCAACGGUGUCAUUGAACCAUUUGUUCCUUUAUUUGAUCGUAUUGAGGUUGUUGAACAGUCUACUAAGUAUUUACAACGUAAAAAGCAAGAAAAUGCAGCAAAUUUUCGCAGUGAAAAAUAUUAUCGUGCAUGGAUAAGACUUACCAAUGUACUGAAAAAUAUUGAAAUAUUGAAAUAUUGCUAA